AUGAGUGAUGGGUCAAGAAGGGCUUUUGCAUGUCAAAAUUGCAAGAGGUCGAAAGUGCGAUGCCAUCAGCCGCUCGACGAUGAGCCUUGCAUACGAUGCGCCCGGAUCGGCAAGCAAUGCAAUUUUAUUCUAGAACCCAUUGAGCGAACUCCCCUCAAAAGGAAGAACCUGGAUGCUGCUGAAUUGCGAUGUUCACAACUCGAGACCCUACUUCGCUCGCUCAACCCGGAUCUAGAUAUCGAGGAAUCAUUGGCAAAACUCAAUAAUCCCGCACAGAAUGACCCGUCAGGAAACCAAUCCCACUAUUCUGGCACCGAGGCCGACCAGGAGGGGGAAGAUGGAGAGGCAAGAUAUGAGUGGCAUGAGGACAGUUCAUUGCAGGCAGCGCCGGCUACAGGGAAUGAGGAGAGUCCAUCAUUUGGCAAUCACGAAGACGGUAUGGGAGCCUUCUCCACGUCCGAAUCGGGAUAUUUGGGCAGUAGCUCCGGUUCAAGUCUGUUGCAGGAGAUCGCCACGUUGCUUCCCACAGUUCUAGCCGGGACCAAUGCGUCUCUUGCUUCACCGAGUAAGCCGUCGCCGUCGGUCAAUGAGGAAUUCGACCGCCCAGAUCUGGCCUCAUCCGCUGUGGCAAGCCUUUUCAUUGACGCUUAUUUCUUGUUCUACAACACGUCAUAUCCUGUCAUUCACGAGAAAACAUUUCGAAGAAAGGCAGCUAGUGACUGGCGUCGCACAAAAAGGCGGUCAACUUGGAGUAUCAUGUACUACAUGGUACUUGCCAUCGGACACUGGGUGUCGGCCACGGACCAUACUACUGUUCAAACACAUUCUCCUUAUUACUCAGCGGCCAGGAGUCGCAUGUCUAUAUCCAUGCUCGAGUCCGGGACCAUAGAAACGCUUCAGGCAUUUCUGCUCAUGGGAAAUUAUCUGCAAAAAAGGGAUAGACCGAAUACAGCAUACAACCUCAUGGGGAUUGCAUACCGUAUAGCCUUUGGUUUAGGUCUUCACAGAGAAAUACCGAAUGCUGCGGACACCAUGAUAUUCGAGAGGCGGAGGCAGCUGUUCUGGACCACCUACUGUUUCGAUAGCGGUUUCAACAUCACCACUGGACGCCCCCCGACUGCUGCUGAUGUCUUCUUCGAUACUCGUCUUCCGCGAAAUGUGGAGCAUCAGGAUAAUGAUCUUGGUACCGGGAUCGUCCGAGAAGUUGAUCAUCCAACUCCCUAUUCUGCCAUUGUCGCCCAAGCCGAACUCGCCAGGAUAGCUAGUGAGCUCUACAGUGAAUUUUUAAUGGCAAAAACUGCAGGCGCCCGCAUCGAGUAUCAGGUGGCUGAAGCUAUAGACGGAAAGCUCAUGGCAUGGAAAGAUGCACUUCCCGGCUACUUUGCCUCGACUGAUGUCCCAAGCUGGUUCCUAGGCCCGCGAUCCAUGGUUCUUUGGAAACAGCAAAAUCUCCGAAUACUGCUCUGGCGCGGAAGCAAACUAAAUCACCCCUUUGUUGCAUCGAGACUAGAUGCUGAACGUCGGUGUGUGGAGCUCGCCAUGCAAACAAUCCACGACGUGGCAUCAUUUUGCGAAGGCUAUGAGUCAAUGUUGCAUUUGGGCCUCAGCUGGUAUGCCACCUACUUUCUUUUCCAAGCGACACUCAUUCUAGAAGUGAGUCGCAUCGGCAAAGAAUCCCCUGAGCACUUCGAUCUACCCGCAUGGGAGAUCUCGAUCUCGAGAUCUAGGAGCAGCCUUGGCGUGCUGGCCAAGAAGAAUAGCUCUGCAACUCGUUGUCUCGAGAUCAUUGAUUCUAUACAGAGAAAUCUCUCAUCAAUGGGAGCGUCUCAACCGAACCAUAGUCUCAUUUCUCUUGCACCGCAAGGGCACGAUGCGCCAGAACCUGUACAGAAUGAGCAGUUCUUAAUUGAAAACAUGUUCACGGACAAUCCAGUCGACGAUGCGACGCUUUGGCAAGGAUAUGGAUUCAACGACGGGGACUUCAAUAACGGCGAUCCGACCAUCCGCAUGCUCAUAGAUCAGACACCUCUGGACUUUCUUGACGGAAUACCUCGCGACAUGUUGUUCAGCAACCCAACUGGAACGCGAUAUGGUUGA